UUUUUUGCCUGUGUGUGACAUUUGAAAAUGAAAAUAUUCCAAAAACAUAUAUAAUUAUAGUUCUGUUUCAAUUCGAACUUUUUUUUUGUUGUUGUUGUUGGUAGAAAAGAGAAAAAGUAACAAUAUUCUGUUGUGUUGUUGCUGGCGUUUUCUCUCUCCCAACUCGAACUCUAUCUCUUUUCCUCUCGUUAUUUAUUCAUGUGUCGUUCGUAUAAACCGAUUCAGCAGUCAAGGAAAGAAGAGUACUGUCGUCGUGUUCUGAGUUUCUAGACUUCGUUUUCACUUUUUCCACACAAAAAACUUAAUUUUAUCGAAUAAAAAAUAUUUCAUAAAAACCCAAAAUUUGUUUAAAAAAAAUAGUGUUGAUUGGAGGAUACAUUCGUUCAUCAGCAAAUAACUUAAAAGAGCUUAACAGAAAAUAAUAACUCAACCGAUUUUGUUAAAAAAAAAAAAUAUAAAAAAUGACAGAUUCAAUGAAAUUUGGACCAGAAUGGCUUCGUAAUAUGGCAACUGAUAUGACAAACAAUCAAAAUUCUGGUGGCGGUGGCAGUGGUAUUGGUGGUGGUGGUGGUGGCGGUGGUAGUUCAUCAACAUCAUCAGCAUCAUCAACAAAUUCAAAUAACAAUGGCACAAACAAUAGUUAUCAGUUUGGGCAGCAACACCAAAACAUGCAACAACACCAGCAAAUACCACAAUUACAACAAGUGCGUGGACUAUUUCCAGAAUUUCGAUAUGGCCGGGAAGAAAUGUUGUCAUUAUUCAAUAAAAAUUGUACAAUGCCAGAAAUAUUACCAUCGUUUAAAAAGUUAUUUAUCGAUAAGGUUCAAUAUCCGUUGGCUUUAACGCCAAGUACGGAGGAAGAGAUAUUUACAUCAAUCGCACCAACGCCUACGCAGCGUCCGCAGUGGCUGCAGCGUAGCCCAGUUGCAUUCAAUGCUGCACCGCGAGGCACUGGGCGUGGUGGAUCGGUAGACCGUGGUCGAAUGCGAGGCAAGUCAAUUUACCACCCAAUAUUUCCACGACCAACACCAAUGUUCGAGGAUGAUGCGCGGAACCUUAAGCCUGAAAGAGGAUGGACCGAACGUAAUGGUGGCGCAGGUGAUGGUUCUUCAGUUGGUGUUCCUGAUUGGACUGUUUCACCGUCAUCGUCACCAAGAAAAGACUUCUCCAGUCAUCCAGCAAGAAAUUUAGAAAAUUGGCGUCGUAGUCGUCACGAUGAAGAGGGGAGUGGUAGUGUGGGUGGUAGUGGUCCACCAAUUGGCGGAGGCGUUAAUAGUGGCCUUGUAAAUAGUGGCAGUGGUACUGGUGGCGAUGGUUGGCGAGGAUCAGGGACGAAUAAUUUUGGCAACAAUCGUUGGGGUCGGUCAACCAGCUGGCGAGAUGAUGAUGGAGGGAAUGGUGUUGUCGAUGCUAAUGCUUAUAAUAUACCCCAAAUGCAAAGGUCCUAUUCGACAAUUGGAACCACUGAAAGAACUUAUUUCUCUGGACUAUCGAAAAGUUCCUCUUUAACAUCGGCAACUGGUGGUGGAGGUGGCAGUCUUACUGGCGACGGUUCUAAACCAAGCAGCAACAACCGCCAUCAUCACCAAAAUUCAAAUUUAAAUCAUCAAUGGGACACUGAAGACAUGUUACCGGAAUGGGCAAUGGAAAAUCCCACCGAUAGCGGUGGGACAUUUGAUGCUAGCGGAGCUUUUCAUGGUUCCUUAGAUGAAGAUGAAGAAAAACGUCGUCUACGUGGUGGUGGAGGCGGAGCAGGAAGCGGUUGUUCGUCGACUACUUCUAGUUCUUCUGGUUCCAAUCGGAAGAAGUCAAACGAAGAUGAUCUAAAUAAAAGGUCUUUUGACAAAAAGCAACUACACAAGGAGGACCAGCAGGCCGAUGGUGAAAUGCUGAACAAUAAAAACUCCAAAGAAAGUGAUAUUGCCGAACAACAACGAGCAUUCAAUGAUGAUAAUUUGCCAGAAAAAACCCAGAUAAGUGAGCAUCAUUCUGCUGAGGAAAAUAUUUCGACCUCAAAUAAACUAGAAACUAGUGUUGGUGAAGAGAAUUUAUCAGAAACUCCGCCAUCGAUAAACAGCAGAACCUCUCCAUCUCAGCUUAUUACGCAGAACACUUCGACACCAAACUCCACUGCAAAUAGUUCUUUAUUACAACAGUCAUCGCAUAAGAUUCCAUUGACCGAAUUAUCUGAUCGAAUGCAGGAAGUUGCUGACGAUAUGGUCGAAAAAUUAAUCAUGGACGACGACAAUGAUUCAACUCAAGGACCAAAGGACCAAAAACCUAUAUGUUCGACAAAUAGUUCAACUAAUGCUCCAGCCAAAGUGGCUCCACAAAACGUUGCUGUACUUUCCUCGCCACAAGUGGUAUCAAAUGCUUCCAAAGUAGCUGCCAUGUAUAAGAAUCAAGCUCUGAAUAAUAAGCCGAUGUUCCUUCCAGUAGUUGACCCGAUUUUGCAACAGCAUCAUUUGCAACAACAACAAGCAGCUGCAGUUGCUGCAGCAGCAGCAGUAAGUGCUCCCCCACCUGGAACCCGAAUGUUGCCACCACCCAUAACAAAACCUAACAACGAGUUGUGGUAUUAUCGUGAUCCGCAAUCCAAAGUUCAGGGUCCCUUCACAGCUAUGGAAAUGAUCGAGUGGUAUAGGGCUGGAUAUUUUGAUGAGAAUUUGUAUGUGCGCCGCAUGUGCGACAGCAGAUUUGCAGCACUGGGUGAUUUGAUCAAGUUAUGUGGUCAAAUGCCAUUCCAAUCAUCGCAUUUGAUUCCACCAUUGCAGGCCGCAGAAAUGCCCUCCAUGUCAAACCCUAUUCCAAUAAUUCCUCUUCCAACUCAUGAAGCUGCUUCGCACCAACUUCAGAAAGAAGCUCCGCCAAGUGCUGGGAUGGUAAAUGGUCCUAAUAGCAGUGAUCUGAAGGGAAGUGUUACUGCCACUGCUGAUGCACUUAGUGGCGCUGUUAAGAAUAUGAUAAAUCCCAUGGAUGUAUCGCACAUGUUGAAUGUACAUUUUCAAAUGCUCCAAGAGCAAUAUAUUCGACAUCAAGAGAUGGUCGUAUUGGCUGAAUUCUCGACGAAGGAGUCAUUUAAUCGUCUGCCACCGAAUGAAAAAACCGCAAUUGUCAGACAAAAAGUACACAUGCUUGGUUUGCCAGAGCAUUUGACGAGUUUCACUGGGCUUAGUAACUCGCUGGCAUCAUUGAAUCCUGCUGCAGGAAAUCAAUUGUACGAUGUUAUUGCGGAAUGCUCCAAGAAAGAUUCUUAUGGAAUGUCUCCGCUUGAGGCACAAUUACAACAAUUUCAGCAACAACACAUACAACAUCAGCAACAACAGCAACAACAACAGCAGCAACAACAGCAACAACAGCAGCAGCAACAACAGCAACAACAACAACAACAGCAGCAGCAUCAGCAGCAACAACAACAGCAGCAGCAGGUACAACAUCAACAGCAAGUACAACAGCAGCAAGUUCAACAGCAGCAGCAAGUUCAACAGCAGCAACAAGCACAAACGUUCCUAGAGCAGGAUGAUUACCUUCAGCAACAACAACAGCAACAACAACAAUUUCAGAAUGUUUCCUAUAGAGCUGCUUAUACACAAAUCGAUGGAUCUGGCAGCAGUGCUCCUGGUGAAGAACAGCUUAACGCUGACAUAUUGAAUGAAUUAAAUCUGCGUAUGAUGUUACGACAAGGUAGUCUUAGAACUGGGCGGGUACAAGCCCCACAUCCUCCACCAAAUGAUUUUGGGUCAGAAAUGCUCGCUCGUGGAGGUCCACAAGUAAUGGCAGGCUCGGUAGUUAAUAUGAUUCCACAAUGGCCACAGCACAUGAUGCCACAUGGACAAAUUCCUCAGCAACCAUCUCAGCAGCAGCCGACCCCACAGCAACAACCUCCAACGGUUGUUCCAAAUCAAUGGCCAAUUUUAGCAGGUCCCGCUGCUGUAGCACAACAACAGCAGCUCCAGGCGACAGUAGUGGGUAAGCCUCCUGUCACCUUGUGGGCUAAUGCUGAUCCUGGUAACCAACAAUUGUUGAUGCAACAACAGCAACAAACACAACCACAGCCAACACAACACGUGGAUGUUAUGCACCCUAAGAUGGAAAAUAAUUUUGUGCCAAUGCAGCAGCAACCGCAACCACAACAACAGCAGCCCUUGCAACCAUCUCUUUCACAGCAGCAAUCCCAGCAGCAGCAGCAAAAUCAAGAUUCAAAUAGCAACAUCGUCAUGGGAAAACUCAAGGAAGAGGAAAUGUUAGUCGAAGAAAAUGCUAAUGUCCCUAUUGCUGCAAUCUCAUCGACCAGUCAUCCCAUAGAGGCUAAGGUAGUUGUAUUUGAAAACAACAACAGCCAAAACAAGAAUAAAAAUAACGAUAAAUUGAAAUCCCAUCAAGAGGAGGCCCAUAUUACUGCUAAACAACAAACGCAACAGCCAUUAGUUGCGGGUGGAAAUCAAGCAAUUGCUCCGCAGAACAACAACAAACGCAACGGUAAACAACAAAAGUCGACAAAUGAUAAACUAGUUGAUUCCUUAAACAAAAAUAAGCAACAGGCAUCGCAGAUGGUUGCUGCUCUUACUGAAGAGGAACGUCGCAAAGAAGCCGCCGAGGAGAAGCGCAAACAAAAAGAAGAAAAGAAACGUCAACAACAAGAGGAUGAAAAGAAGCGAUUGCAAUUAGCCGAAGAAGAGAAACGUCGCCAAGCCUCUGAGGAGAAGGAGCGACAGAAGGAAAUCCACGCUCAUCGCCGUAAGGCAAUGCUUAGCAGUGCUAGUGGUGGAUCGAGUUCUAAUUUGACUGCUAACGGUAAGCCAAGUUCCGGCGUAUCAGGACCUGGCAUUGCAAUGUCAAAACAGGAACGCAUGCAGACUUCUGUAGCCCCGUGGUCCACAAAUACUCAUGCCACAACUGCAUCUGUACCCGGACCGAGCUUGGUUGAGAUCCAAAAAGCCGAACGUCGUGAAAGACGCGCUGACCAACAGCGCUUAAUGGAGCUAAUGGACAAGCAAAUGCGCAUAGCCGCAGCAGCUGAAGCAUCGGACAACGUACUCAAGUGGAAUGCAGCACCUGUUGCUGUAAAGUCACUUGCAGAAAUUCAAGCAGAAGAAGCCAAACGUUUGGCUUCUGAUCAAGCUGCAAAUGCUGAGAUGCAACGUCGUAAGGAACAAGAACAAGCUAGUUCCACAGCUACUAAUAAUAAUUCCUCUUCAAAUCCAUUUGCUAUGAUUUGGAGUUCUAAGGUUUGGGGCUCUACUAACAGUACCUCCGGCUUCUGGGAAGAACCCGUUAAAUUCCCUAACAAUUCAUUGUCAUCAACAGUAGCUCCUACAUCCUCAUCAGUUGUUAAGGCUGUUGGACAUAACUCGAAUGUUAUCAACAAACAGAAUGUCUCUAAUUCAGCAUCUGCUGUAGCAAAUACAUCAUCGUCUUCAGCAGCAUCUACUGGCGGUCGUAAUUUGAGCAAAAGUCAAACUGUCUCAAACAUGGUUAAUACGUCAUCGUCAACUUGGACAAAUAUUAAUGUGUCUAAUAAUAAUUCGGGCAACAAUUCGAAGCAACAAAAUGUUGCAGCCAACAAACAACAACAAGGAAAUAGCAAUACAAACGACAGAAGCAAACAAAAGGGUAAUAACAAAAGUAUUACUGGAUCAGCCAGUUCGUCCAAUAUUCCGUCGUCGUCGCAAAAUCCUGUACCAUCGACCAAUGUUGCCAAUAACCAUGUCAAUAAAAACGAUGACUUCCGCAGUGAAUUUAACGGUUGGUGUAUAAAGACUUUGAACAACAUGAAUACCAAAGUUGAUGUCCCAACUUUUGUUACUUUUCUACAAGACUUGGAGUCACCUUUUGAAGUAAAGGAUUAUGUUCGAAUGUAUUUAGGCGAGAGCAAAGAAUUCACUGAAUUUGCUAAACAAUUUUUAGAACGAAGGAGCAAAUACAAAAAUUUGCAACGAGCACAAAACGCACACAUUGAUGACAUGUGCAAGCCAGCACCGGCCAUUAAUCCGUCCGGUAAUGACUCUUUUGAUAAUAAGGGAAAACAGAAAAAAAUAAAAAAAAGUAAAAUGACCAAACUGGAUGCUCGUAUUCUUGGAUUUUCGGUAACUGCAGCAGAAGGUCGAAUUAAUGUUGGAGAUCGUGAUUAUGGUGAUAAUCCAUAAAAACCCUUAAGAAUGAAUAAAAACGGAGCGGAACGGAAAUAAAAUAUUCAAAAACACUCAUACUUGAAAAAUAAAAAAAAAAAAAUGAUU